AGCCGAUUGUCGUCUAUGUAGUAAAGGCACUCUUGGCCAAUGAAGAUCCUGACGUCGAAAAUAUUCGUCAGACCCUCAGCUGAACAGCAAAGCCACGAUCUAAAUAAAAAGUCCUAGACCAUACAUACAUAGACCAUAGACUAGACCCGAGAAACGGCUUAUGCAUCUCGAUCUGGACCCGACCCGUGUUACAUCAUCUCGCCAAGUAAGUUGAUUGGCUCAUCCUUCUAUAAUAAAAUUGACAGGGUCAAUUUAAGAUGACCAGAUACCCCGUACUAAACCUAAACCGGACUCUUAAAGGAUCACAUCUGCCAAGAUGAUCUCCCCAUAAUCAGCUGCACAGCCAAGAGCAGUGACAUAUCGGGUUUUGAGGCUUCGAACCCUUGGCUCUGCUGCCUUAUGGGAUCCAUCGUUUUUGAUAUGGAGUCCUAGGUAUAUAAACUUAUGGUCUCCCAAAUCACGCUCGCUAUUCUCGGUCUGGCUUCUACCGCCGUUGCGACAUACAGCCCCUUGCAGCUGAGGAACCUCCACAACCUGCGCCAAGAACAUGUUGUCGUCGAGGUGCGACAGGUAUCUUCGGCAGAGCCUGAGAUACCUACAAUCACGCAAAGCCCCGAGUGUUUUUCUGCCCUAGCGCCGCUGGGCUCCGACCUCCCCAGUGUCCCGCUCGAGCUGCUGUCGUACAUGGAGUCGUUUGCUGCGACGGCCGACGUCAGCAACCCGACCAUCUUGUGCGAGGCCACCCAGGUGCCUCAGUCGCUGUCUUCUCUGUACAGCUCGUACGACCAGGCAGCUAGCAGCUGGCUCAGCAAGCACAGCAGCGACUUACAAGUCGCUGUUACUAAGUGCGGCGGCAGCGAUGCCCAGGUCAGCGAGGCAGUAGCUUCUAUCAGCGCUUUCAUUGGAGAUGGAUGCGGUGCUUCUUCGAGCGGUGCUUCUUCGAGCGCGGCUUCCGCCGGGUCCGCCGGGUCUACAACCGCAUCGCAGGGUCUUGCCGCCCGACCUACCGGUAUGGUUGCAGGUGCUAUGGCUGCCGCCGGUGCUCUUGGCGUCGCGGUACUCCUAUAGUUGGAUCCCUGGUAUGCGUAUACACUAGCGUUGAAAACGGACUCUUUUGUAUAAAUUAGACAAUAUAUUGUUAAAACUGGUAGUGACACUACAUGAGAUGAGGGUUGUGAUACUGUGGAAUGAUAGUGGUGUCACCAUUGAUUGUUUAGGUAUAUUCCGUAUUCCAUAUUCUGUAUUUGCGUACGUAAACCUCGGUG